AUGGCGGCCGACUUAAUACACAGAAAAGAGUCCUGUCAGGCUCGGGAGGUUAAUCCCAAACGGGAAUUCUUACAUCCGUUCAAUUUCUCGCUGCCUCGCAAACUGCACGUCGUUGUCGCCGGUGUCUAUUUUGUUUUUAACAGCUCAUUGGGGUCUUCAAUUGCUUCAGGCGCUCACGAUGAGAUUUCUGAGUAUUUCAACAUUCCAGGCGAGAGCAUUCAAAUGGUGCUUCCGACCUCACUGUACAUGGCUGGCUUUGCUAUAGGCCCCAUCCUUUUUGGCCCUUUGAGUGAGCAUUUCGGGCGAAAGCCAGUUCUUUCAAUCACCUACUCGAUAUAUCUCAUCUUCACUAUGGCAUGUGCACUGGCGCCGAACUUUCCAGCUCUUCUUAUCUUCCGGUUCUUCUGUGGGCUGGGAGGCUCAGCACCAAAUGCCGUCUUGGGUGGUCUCUUCUCCGACAUCUUCGAGGAUCCCCACCAGCGUGGACUGGCGAUGUCUUGGUUCAUGUUUGCAACCACAUUCCCGCCUCUCCUCGGUCCCAUCAUCUCCGGCUUCAUUUCCACGAUAACAUGGAGAUGGUCCUUCUGGGCCGGUCUCCUCAUCGCUGCGCCUGGCUUUCCCCUCCUAAUUACGAUGCCUGAGACAUACGUACCAAUUUUGCGUGCUGCAAGUCAAAGUAUGCCCGGCGAAUUUGGAAACACAGAGCCAAAAGAUUUGAGUGAACCUCCGAAGGGCUCUUUCUUCGCCCAGAUGAGCGUUGUUCUCAGCCGCCCGUUCCUGAUGUUCAUCCACGAGCCAAUCGUGUUUUGUUGUUCGAUGUACCUCGCGCUUGUGUACGCGAUCUUGUACCUUUAUUUCCAGGCCUACCCUAUUGUCUUCCAAAAUUUAUAUGGUCUUUCCGCCGGUGUCUCUGGACUGGGAUUCCUUCCAAUCCUACCGGGUUCCGUCCUCGCAUUCCUCGUCUUCUUCCUCUAUAGCUCGCGCCACAGCAAAUCUCUGAAAGCCGGCCUGGCCUGGGCCCAAUCGGAGGAAUACCGCCGUUUACCUCUCGCCUGCAUUGGAGCCCCGACAAUCCCGAUCGCUCUCUUCUGGCUGGGGUGGUCUUCCAAGCUUUCUAUUCACCCCGUUAUGCCCAUGAUGUCAGGGGUCUUCUUCGGGUUCGGCUAUCUGUUGAUCUUCAUUGCACUCAUCAACUAUCUCACCGACGCAUACAAGCAGUUCUCUGCCUCGGCGGCAGCGGCUGCAAGUACUUCACGAUCUAUCUUCGCUGUGUUUCUGCCCAUGGCUACGAACUCCAUGUAUGGCACGUUGGGUAUCAACUGGGCAAGCUCAUUGCUUGGGUUUUUCUCCAUAGGAAUGGCUGUCAUCCCCUUCGUGUUUAUCAAAAAGGGUGCUUGGAUCCGUGCGAACAGUAGGUUUGCACAGAUGGCGCAUUGA